GUCGACUUAUUACAUAAUAUUAAUUGCUCUCACGCCAAACAUGGGACCAGUCGCGAUUUAGGCAACCCACUGACCACACACAGUUUUAAACCAAGCUUACCAUUAAAAUUAAUUUGAUACGAUCCAUAAGUUGAUUUUGCAACUAAAAAUGUGGCGAAACAGCCCCACGCCGUCGUCAACUUUUAGCUACAGCUACAACAGCAGCAGUGGUCGCAGUACGAGCAAAAGUCCGGAUUCUUCGUAUCGCUACGAUGAGAGGACGACCUCCCCACUGGGAACUUUUUAUCAGGAUGACCAUCACGAUCUGGAUAUCGGAGAUCGCGUCAUUGUCCGAAGUUCGGUGGGAGAUGCGAAAACGGGAAUUUUGCAGUAUGUGGGGAACGUUGAUUUUGCAGAGGGGAUUUGGGCAGGCGUUGAGCUAUUUUACCCGCAAGGCAGAAAUGAUGGGACUGUCGGUGGAGUAGAAUACUUCCGGUGCAAACAUCCGUACGGUAUUUUUGUCCCGUUUCGCAAAGUGGACUGGAGCCCGGUGAACAGGAUGGUGGUGAAGCGUCCGAGGGGUGAACAUGACCAUGAAAAGUGCGGAGACAAGUGCCAAAUUCACGACAGGAUUUACUGGAAUACUGAAGCUCGCAUGGGCAACAAGGUUAUCGGAAUUCGGAAUCCGGCCUUGUAAAUGGUCAAACUUGUUAAGAAUUUAAAAAUUUCAAAUUUCAAAUUAUUAGAAAUUUUCUCAACUUUGGUGGUGAUCGUAAUUCACACAUAUGUUCUUUGAAUGUAAAUAAAAGAAGUUCACUAAUCUAUUUAA